AUGGGUGACCUCUCUUCCAUCCGCAUUACUCCACCUAAACCAGCAUUCAUAAACACUGGGGUGGCAUAUGCUGGCCCCAUCCAUAUUCACACCUCCAAUGAACGAGGUCACCAUUCCCACAAAGCCUGGAUUUGUAUUUUUGUCUGUGGUGCCUCCCACUCAGUUCACCUCGAGUUGUUUUCCGAUUGCACUGCAGAAGCCUUCAUAGUGGCUUAUAUUUGCUUCACUUCUCGUCUUAGUCUUUUUCGAACGUUGUCCAGUGAUGAAGAUACGAAUUUUUGGAGAUUCAAUCCUCCUGCAGCACUUCACUUCGGAGGUUUAUGGGAAGCUGCAGUUAAGUCGACAAAAUUCCAUCUUCAUCGAGUCAUUGGAGACUCUACAUUGACGUUUGAAGAAAUGACGACUCUAUUGACACAAAUUGAAGCUUGCCUUAAUUCUCGGCCUCUUAUAGCUCAGUCAGAUGAUCCAACAUACAUUUCUGCCCUCACACCAGGACAUUUUCUCAUUGGAGGUCCACUGCAUGCAGUUCCAAAACAUCGCUUGUAG